AUGUGUGACGACAAAUCCGUUCUUGGAUGCACUUUUGAGUUCCUAGAUGAGUAUAUUCCCCUGUGGUUCGACAAACGGCGACUCUGCAACGACAAUUCAGCGUUGUUCAUACUGAUUUCGGGACCGCAGGGCUCAGGUAAGUCCUACACGGCGGAUUUUGUAUAUAAAUACCUUCUGGAGAAGUAUGGGGAUUCAAGAAGGAUUGCCAAGAUGUCGAUAGACGACUUCUAUUUCACACAUGAGGACCAGAAGGAGUUCAAUAACAGAUUCAGGGAGAACGAGCUGUUGCAGGGCCGCGGGGCACCCGGCACACACGACAUUCCGUUGCUGUCGAGAUGCGUGGAUGCUAUAAUCGCUAACAGGGAGUCGAAGCUGACAUUGCCGCUUUAUGACAAAUCGAGGUUUAAUGGCGAGGGUGACAGGUGCGAGAAGGGCAAUGAGGUGCAAUUGCCACUCGACCUUGUCAUUUUGGAGGGCUGGUUUCUAGGCUUCAGGCCCCUGUUGGACCGUCGAGAGAUAGACAAGCAGCCACUGCUGCAGAAACAAAAGGACAUGAUUCAGGUCAAUGCCAACUUGUUCUUCUACGCAGACUUGCUGUGGAAGAACCCCGAGAUCAAGUCUUUGGGAAUUGUGUUCGAGGCGGACAACAUCCAAAACGUCUACCAAUGGCGUCUGGAGCAAGAGCACGCCCUGAGGGAAAGUACAGGGGAGGGAAUGAGCGACGAAGAAGUCAAGAGAUUUGUCGAUAGAUAUUUCCCGUCUUACGAACUGUACUACGAGGACUUCGUCAACAGUGAAAGCUUGGGAUCGGUGGCCACGUUGACCCUGGGCAUCGACUUGCAAAGAAACGUGUACUCAGUCAAAACCAAAUCUAUUGAAUAG